GGGGCUCAUUGCUUGCAGCUCCUGUCUAACCCAAAUGAUAAAGAAGAAGGAGAAGCCCACUCUCAGUUGAUGAAGUCAAAUGAGGCUCGGCGCCUGCGUUCCCAAGCACAAUCUGCCUUUCUCAAGAAAGAUUACUACACUGCUAUCAAUCUCUUGGAUAAAAUUCUAGAUGUUUGUGUUUGGGAUGCAGAGCUGCGGGAACUCAGAGCUGAAAGCUAUAUCAAGGAAGGGGAGCCUGGGAAGGCUAUCAGUGACUUAAAGGCUGCUGCCAAACUGAAGAGUGAUAAUACUGAAGCAUUCUAUAAAAUCAGCACUAUAUACUAUGAACUAGGAGACCACGAAAUGUCUCUAAGUGAAGUGCGGGAAUGUCUGAAACUGGACCAAGACCAUAAGGCGUGCUUUUCUCACUACAAGUGGGUAAAGAAGCUCAAUAAGCAGAUUGUUUCAGCAGAAGAGCUCAUCCAGGAAGGAAGGUACCAGGAAGCCACUGAGAAGUAUGAGGCGGUUAUAAAGAUGGAGACAAAUGUUCCUGUUUACACCACACGAGCCAAAGAGAGAAUCUGCCAUUGCCUUUCAAAGAAUCAACAGUCAACAGAAGCCAUUAAACUUUGCACUGAAGUUCUGCAGCUAGAGCCAGAAAAUGUGAAUGCCCUCAAAGAUCGGGCUGAAGUAUAUUUGCUAGAAGAAAUGUAUGAAGAAGCUAUCCAGGACUAUGAAACUGCUAAAAAAUACAGUGAUAAUGACCAACAGAUUCUGGAAAGCCUUGAGAAAGCCCAGCGGAUGCUCAAGCAAUCUCAAAAGAAGGACUACUAUAAAAUUUUAGGAGUUAAAAGGAAUGCCAGAAAACAAGAAAUCAUAAAGGCCUACAGGAAGCUGGCAAUGCAGUGGCACCCAGAUAAUUUUCAGGAUGAAGAAGAGAAGAAGAAAGCAGAGAAAAAGUUUAUUGAUAUUGCAGCUGCUAAAGAAGUCCUCACGGAUCCAGAAAUGCGGAGGAAGUUUGAUGCAGGAGAAGACCCACUAGAUGCUGAGAGUCAGCAAGGUGGAGGAAACCCUUUUCACCGAGCCUGGAAUUCCUGGCAAGGUUUCGACCCAUUCAGUUCUGGAGGACCUUUCAAAUUUAAAUUCCAUUUCAAUUAGAACUGCUACAGUCUUUUUUUAUUUUUAUUUUUAUUUUUUUUUGCAUCUGGCAAUCUGUAUUUUUUUCUAGGUAACUUAAAAUUAUGGUUUAGUCCUUGAACAAGAACUUUAAUGAGAACCAAUUUUUUGGUGAUAGCCCAAAAGGGAAGCAAACCCAGCAAUGUUAAUAACACCGAUUUGUUUGAUAGUUCUGGGCAUCAAGUCCUGAUGAGUUUAAAGCUCCAGCUCAAGACAAACCCAUCCUUGAGAAGAAACUGAUUCAAGAAAGCACUUUAAAGUUUACUUAAACCAUUAGUGCCCUUUUGUGGGAAUUAGUCACUUGAAAUAACAAAACAUAAUUUACUCUACCUUUAGUUUCCACAAGAGGAAAUGCUAAGGUCUCAACUGACUAUUGGAAGUAUUACACAUCUGUAUGACCCUUUACAUAAUAUAGAAUAUUGGCCACUGCAGGCAGUUUGUAGACAGUUUUCUAACAUAAUGUUACAAGGGCAAUUUUCUCUGAUUGAAACCUCUCCUUCUGGUUGCUUCUAAAAAUUAAAUAGAAUUAAAUUUUUAUCAGGUGGCAGAGAAUCAUUUUCGACUCAAAGUUUGCUUGACAUUUGAGCAAGACUGAGAUGUUGCUCAUAAUAAACAGAACUUUGUUCUGCUCUUGAAGAUUUAUUUUUGAGGGGUGAUAGGUGAGAAUGUUGAACAUCUUCACAACUGUUAUACACAUCUCUAUUGUUCCAUAGAGCAAUAACUCAUAGACACGACUUAAAGUCUUUUUCCUGUAACUGAAUUCUGGUAUUGUGAACUGUGUUCAAAAUGGAGCCUGGAGUCAUCGUGGGAUAUAAUUUUGGACUUGCACUGUCUUUCACAUCCAGUCCUUUUCAAGAACGCUGUUUUGGACACUUAACAAAAUGACGUGCAUCUUUCACCUUUCUUGCUCUCAUAAGUAACAGGUAUCUGGCCCUGUCCAUUUCAAAUGCAAGUCUCAAACAACUAAAAAUAAUAGUGGUUGAACCUCACCUUGUUGAAUGAGGACCCACGGAGUGCUUUUCUUGUUUCUCUCCUUAGGAAUGACUUCAUAAAUGCCAGGAAAGAUAGAUGUCACCUACAUCUAUCAUACAAUCAUGCUUGUAUUUUGGACAUCUUGAAAGACUGCAUAAAGUGCCAUUAUAAAAAGAGGGGUUGGGGGAAAGACAGCCCUUUGGUUUCAGUCACCGAGUCCUUGUAUAGGAUGUGGCUUGCGCUGCAUUGGUUUUGCCAGAACUGCUUAUCCUAGAGGCCCCAUCAGGCCUGCACAUGAAUUGAUCAAAAGGUUCAGCCAUGCUUCUGGGUCAACUGAAAUAAAACACUGCCUUGGAAGUGUUGCCAGAAUAAAGCUCUCGGGGGUGGGAGGCCGGGGAGGAGGUAGAUUCUAUGAAAACUAUGAUGUUCUUUUGAAGGUAAAGAAAUACUUUAGUGUUCAGCAGUAGCACAUAGUUGUUUUAAUUGCUUUAAACUCUCAAUCAGAAAGGGUUUUUUUAGGGGGGGGCAAAAUGAAUUCGGAAAUUAACAAUUGUGCCAAACCUUAAAUUGUUUCUAUGCCAAUUAAUGAAUAGAAAUUGUUUUAUUAUGCUGUUGUUCCCAUGUGAUUCUGAGUAGAUUUGGGGGGAAAUUGGAAAAAAGGAACUUAUUUCAUUCCUUUGGAAAUUAAAGAAGCAAUUUAAAAGGCAGUUCAGUUAUCAAUUGCUACCAAAAAGUAUCCAUAAUAUUAAAUGCCUCAAAUGUGAAAAAAUGAGAACUUUGGCUUUGCAAAAUAGCUUCUCUUAAGCGGUAUAUUUCAAGAGCACAAAGAUUAUGAUGGUCUUCAACAGCUGAGGGUAAAAAAAAGUAUUCUCAUUUUUCUCUUCUAUAGGAACAAAAAAAGGACAAAAACAGGUUUAAAUUACAAGGAAGUAGAUUUUGGUUAGGGAUCAGGAAAAAAAAAAUCCUAAAAGAGCAAGCUCUUCAACAGUGGAGCAGGCUCCCUUGGAAGGUGGUGGACUCUCUUCUGCAGAUGUUGAAACAGGCUGGAGAUCCAUUUGUGGAUGUUGGCAGGUCUUGCAGGGGAUGGGGGUUGGAUUAGAUGAUCUCCAAAGACCCUUCCAACCCUUACAUUCAAUGAGUUGAUUCAUUCUCAAUGUUUUUCCUUGGCACUGAUCUUACAAGUGCUGAUUUUAUUUAUGUUAAUACCCAGAAGAACAUUCUACCAAGUUAACGGCCACCUAUAAUCUGGAAUAGCCUAUAGUCAUGACUAUACUUUUAUAAACUCGUCGUAUAGCUUACUAGUUUCCAGCUGGUGGGCUAUGGGGAUAUUGCAAAUAGUUCACAUUAUGAAAAUAUCUGUUUCUCCCUAUUAUUGACAAAUAUCUAUUUCUCAAUCUAGAGGUAGGUAGAAAUUGGCUGAAAUCUCAUGUAGUCACUAUCCUGUUUGAGUUUCUGUCAUCUUUAUUAAACUUUCAAAAUAUUUGGUAAUCCCUCAAGACUACAGCCAUGUUUUUUUUAAAAAAACCAAGGUUCAGUGCUCUCAGGUGCCAUAUUAUCAUCCCCUAACUGGCAUAGUGGUCUACAAAGACUUUCAGGAGAUGUGGUGGUCUACAUAAAGGAAAACAUGAGAAACUGCUGGAAAUAGCCCAAUGGACAAUUUGCACCUAGGACUGAUUUGUCAUGCACAUUAAAGGAAGGAGCAGAAACUUUAUGAGAAAAAGGUCAUAGGGAAAGUUCAAGGGUUUUAAGUAACAAAUCCCCCCCCCCACCAAUUAUUCUCAAAUGAAGGAAAAAAGCUGCAUUAGAAACCAGGCCUGACUUGAUCCAGCCACCCAGGUUCUCUCUGCUUUAACAAACUGACACGAAUUAGAAUCAGUUGGUUCUUUCAUGCAGUUUGGGGGGGACAAUUGUGCAACUAAUGACAUUUUAGCAAUGGAAUAACCAUAUACUUGCAAAAUUAAUAUAUUCCUCUGUGAAAUUAGGACUAACGAGAAAAAUUGCUUUGGUUGCUGAAAUGUAGAAUUCCAGUUUUGUUCAUAAUUACAGUAAAUUAAGUAAAUUAUUUUCAAAUUGAAGUGUUUUAUAAAACAACCCAUGGAUUUUAACAUUAUGUACUUUUUAAAUUCUCCUAAUUUCAAAUCUGGAAGGUACUUUGUGGCAGUGAAUUUUGAUAUUAAACUGGUGACAUUGGUGUGCAUUUCACCUACUCGCUGAGUCUGAAAUUUGAAAUUCUAGUUAACUAUCAACUAUUGCCUCUCUUAGUGGGAAAAUGCUUGGAACGUACUCUUCUUUAAAAUAAACAGAAUGAAACCAGAGUAAUACUAAAUAUUUACUAGGGGGUAUACUAGAACUUCUGAGGCUUUCACCCAUUAAUAUAUGAUGUGACAAUACAUGGGAACCAUUGCUGAGUCUUCCCCCUCUGCUAGAAGCUAUGGGCUAUAAACAGUGGUUAAAGUAAUAAACUUUUUUCUUCCCAUCAUUACCUACUUUGUCUCUUUCACUGUAUUUUGCAGUGGGAGGUUGCAAUAUUUGAUUCCAAAUGGGUGCUCUGUCUGACAUUGGAAAAAGAAGUGGCUGCUUUAAAAGAGACAGAUACACGUUUUAGCUGUGUGCACACCAAAGCAGCUUUUCUGAAUGGUUCCUUAAGUUCUGCAGUCCUACUUUAUUGUAAGAGUUGGCCAGCAAGCAACUUGAAAGCUGAACAUCAGGGUUUUUCAAACGGUGUCCUACAAAACCCAAGGAGAGAUUAAAGGCCAAAAAAAAAAAAAGUUAAUUCAAACAGUUUUCAAUCACCAGAACCUCUUGAUCAGGAGUUCCAGGAUUUUUUUUUAACUAAUUUGAAAAAGUUGCAAGCCUCUACUCCAGAGAUCAUCAGUGAGCUAACAAGGCUGAGAUAAUUAAAUACAGAGGAAUAUAUAUCAUACUGGGAAAGAUCCUUUAUUAAGGUCACUGAAAGCAUCAGACAAUAGGACAGGCUUUCUCAUUAAUGGACAUUUUUCAUAAUGGAGCAAAUUAAUGAGCAUCCCAGAAGAAUCAGUGAUUUUUAAUCAUACUUAUAAAUAAGCUUGAGGCAGAACAAGUUAUGUGGUGAUGCCAUGGUCAAUGUGAAAUCCCUGCAGAUUGUAGAAUGCCUUAUCCUAGUAAAGGAAGUGGCUGCUUGAUGUUUCCAGCCCAGCUGUAAAGCCAUGGUAACCUGCAUUAACAGAAGCCUUGCACAACCAACAACAGCUUCCAAAUGAUCUAAACAUUUCAGAAGUAAAGAGUUCAGAACUAAUCUUGGGGUCCAAGCCCUCCUCAAUUAAGAGUCUAUGACAAAGUUACGUACUUCUGAUCUCAAGAAGCUCAUCUUUACAGUAUUUCUUCUGAAGAGUUGAUCAUUUUUUAAAAAUGCUGUUUGCAAGUUGUUAAAAAAAAAAUCACAGAGAUUGCUAGUUUGCCAUGUUCCACUAUGUGGAGCUAAUGGGUUGCUCCUGAUGCCACCACCAUUAUCCAUAGGAAUUGUCCCAGUCUCUUCGUUUCUACCAUAGAUAAUGUGAGGUAAUAUAGGAUCUAUGGCAUGAGUUUGUUAAGUUUGCUGCCCCCCCCCCCGCCAUUGGUCACAUUUUGCAGAUGGAAAAUUUUGACUGCAGUGAUAUUGUGUGAAUAUAUUUUUCACUGCAGUUUUUGGGGAAAACUGGAACAUGAUGCAGAAGUCUCUGGGGAGAAAGGGAGGGGGUUCACUGAAAUAGAAUUUGCUAAAAGUGAUGUGCAAACAUGCUGAAUAAAAGGAUUAAUAAAAAGUAAUUUCAAAUACUGUCUUAAGUAUUAAAUACUGUUAUAGAAGUUCUUACAUGAAGCAUUUUAAAACUUAAAUAUGGCAUUAAGUGUUCCAUUUAUUUUCUGCAGAAAGACACAGAUACCGUCAUUUCCAAAUAUGCUUUAUUGGGCAUCUUUUACAGUCUGUUCGUUCUAUGCCACAUGCAAUGAGUGUAAAAGCAGUUUUUUAAAAAAUUGCAGAGUCUUCUUAAAAUAUACAGACAGUGUAUCUUAAUUACAUUAAUUAAAACCAGCUUUUCUUUUC